AUGGCACAGCAAAACACAGAACAGCUGGAUACUCAGCACCAAAAACCAAUGUCAUCGUUGACUAAACUUUUAAAUGAAUCAUCAACAUCAGUAUCGCAACAACAACAACAACCGGCAGAAUCGCCAGUGACAUCAGACGGUAACAGAAAAUCACUGGGUAUCAAUGGUAACGGUACCACUCCGGAACUCACUUUCAACAAAAAGCCUAUACCUCAACCUAUUACUACUUCCGGGUUGGCCGUUGAACCACAAGUUAUCAAUGGGUUUGAUCCUUCACCUGAAACAAAAUUCCUCAACCCACUGUCAUCUUUCACACCAACAUCUCCAUUUACAAGACAAUCUGCCAACUCAUUCUCCAACCAUGCUAUUUCCCAAUCGCCGAGAAAUGUAUCUAGUCCGAGAUACUUGAGAAACAAUUCCAUUAGUCAUUCCUCAUUCAGUGCUGGCGGUGGUGGAUUGGGUGGUGCUGAAAGUUUAUCGUCAUCAAUACCUUACAGCGCUCCAGGCGGUCGAUCAAAUAAUUUAAAUGCAGCAACAGCUGCAAAUGGAGCUAAUCCUUCAUCAUCUUUACAACGUGAAGCUUACUUGGCUGACGAUGCAAGUUCGACUUCAUCAACUGCAUCGUCUUCGCAUAUACCUAAUUUACCCAAUGGUCAAUUUAUUAAUUCUAUACAUAUUCAAUCACCACAAGUGAAUGCAUCGACUAUUGAUUCGCGAUUUGUAAUUUCAAAGCAACGAGUUGCUCAAGCACAAGCGGCUCAACAAGCACAACAUGUGGGAAGUGCCUCCCAACGAACAGGCUCUCAAUCGGGACUAUCUUCAUUCUUUUCAUCAAAGAGCAAACCAUCGAGGAAAGAUUCUUCUACUGAUUUGGGCUCUUUUUACAAUAAUGCUUCAACAUCAUUUCAAGACAAUAAUGAAAUUGCAGGAUCACCUUCAAGUUACUCAUCUUCGGAAUCAGUAUUAUCUGCUCCCAAUUUCAAUGGUAAUCCCCCAACAAGACAUAAUUCGAUGUCAAACUUGAAGAGGUUUUUCAAGAAGUCUACUCCAACCUCACAACAAUCACCGGCAACUUCAAACUUGUCCUCAUCAUUGAGAUCUAAUGGAGGGAUAAACAUCCCUGCUGCAAAUGCUGUAAAUAUCCCAACUACGGCAAACAAUUCAUCGUAUCCAAAUAACUCUUCAUUUACAGCAACUCCUUCCAAUGCAUCAGCAUCAUUCACAAACUCACCAGGUGGUUCAUCAAUAUCCAUUAGCCGAUCAUCAACAUUACAGAAUAAAAUCAGGUAUCAAGAACGGCGCCAAUCAGUGCUGCAAGUUAUCAAUCCAGUACAACAAUUGCCAUUCUCAAAAAGGUAUGGAAAAUUUGGAGAAAGUCUAGGUGCCGGAGCUGGUGGUGCCGUGAAACUAGUCAAGAGAUUAAGUGAUAAUAAAACUUUUGCGGUUAAGGAAUUUAGAACCAAAUAUCAAAGUGAAAGUAAACGAGAUUAUGCUAAAAAGAUUACUGGUGAAUAUUGUAUUGGAUCGACUUUAAAGCAUCCAAACAUUAUUGAAACUAUUGAAAUUUGCUAUGAAAAUGAACGGAUUUUACAAGUUAUGGAGUAUUGUGAUUAUGAUUUAUUUGCCAUUGUUAUGUCAAAUAAGAUGUCGCGUGAGGAGAUCAAUUGUUGUUUUAAACAGGUGUUGUCUGGUGUUCAUUAUCUACAUUCGAUUGGAUUGGCUCAUCGUGAUUUGAAAUUGGAUAAUUGUGUAAUUGAUGCUAGAGGAAUUGUCAAGAUUAUUGAUUUUGGGUCUGCAGUUGUAUUUUCAUACCCAUUUUCCAAAACCUUGAUUGAAGCACAAGGGAUAGUUGGAUCUGAUCCAUAUUUGGCUCCAGAAGUCUGUGUAUUUAACAAAUAUGAUCCUCGACCAGUUGAUGUCUGGUCAGUAGCUAUGAUCUUUUGCUGUAUGAUGUUGAAGAAAUUUCCUUGGAAAGUGCCUAAAUUAUCCGACUCCAGUUUCAAAUUAUUUGCAACCCGUGGUGAAUUUGUUCCCAUUUCAGAAAUGUUGAAGCGGACUCCACAAGAUGUACAAAACUUAACCAGUGGUGGGUCUUCUGGCGCAUUGAGUAAUUUGGGUGAUAUAAGUGAAGCGUUGGAGGAGGAUAUUUCCAAUAUGCCAUUCCCACAACAAGGAGGUGUUGAACAGCAUCAAAAACAACAACAACAACAACAACAAUCACAACAACAACAACAAAACGCAAAACGUGAUGAGUCAAGUGGCGAUGCAAAGGAUCAUACAUCCAAUGAAACCGGUGCCGAUAGGUUACUUCUCGCCCUACCUGAAGAUUGCCGUCGUUUAAUUGGUCGUAUGGUUGAACUAGCACCAGCAUGUAGGAUAACUAUGGAUGAAGUAUUUGAAGAUGAAUGGUUGAAAUCGGUGAAUAUGUGUUUAGUAGAGGAGACUGAACCUGGUAGUAAUGUUUAUGAAGUUAUUAAAUGUGAUGAUCAUGAACAUACUCAGGUUGAUCAAUCUAAGGCACAUAUUGCUGCUUUUGAAAAGAAUAAAAAGAGGUAA